AUGGAUUUAGAUACAGAUGUUCAAAUGGAAGAUGCUGUAGAAUUAGAUACAAGUCUUGAAGAAGAAGAAGUUAAUUCAACAGGAGAUUAUUCAUUCAAUCAACCUUUCCAAACAAAAGAAGGUCCACCUCCUGAAUUAUCAUCACAAAAUAUAAAUCAAUUAGAUGAAUGGAUUGAACAUUUAAGUAAAUGUCAACCUUUAUCUGAAGAAAAUGUUAGAAGAUUAUGUAAAAUGGCUAUUGAUGUUUUACAAUUUGAGGAAAAUGUUCAACCUGUUAAUGUUCCUGUAACAAUUUGUGGUGAUGUUCAUGGUCAAUUUCAUGAUUUAAUGGAAUUAUUUAAAAUUGGUGGUCCAUGUCCUGAUACAAAUUAUUUAUUUAUGGGUGAUUAUGUUGAUAGAGGUUAUUAUUCUGUUGAAACUGUAAGUUAUUUGGUUGCAAUGAAGGUUAGAUAUCCAAAUAGAAUCACUAUAUUAAGAGGGAAUCAUGAAUCAAGACAAAUUACUCAAGUUUAUGGGUUUUAUGAUGAAUGUUUAAGAAAAUAUGGUUCUGCAAAUGUUUGGAAAUUAUUUACAGAUUUAUUUGAUUAUUUCCCAAUUACUGCAUUAGUUGAUAAUAAAAUUUUUUGUUUACAUGGUGGUCUUUCACCAUUAAUUGAAACUAUAGAUCAAGUUCGUGAAUUGAAUAGAAUUCAAGAAGUUCCACAUGAAGGUCCAAUGUGUGAUUUAUUAUGGUCAGAUCCUGAUGAUAGAGGUGGAUGGGGUAUUAGUCCAAGAGGUGCUGGUUUCACUUUUGGUCAAGAUAUUAGUGAACAAUUCAAUCAUACUAAUGGAUUAUCAUUAAUUGCAAGAGCUCAUCAAUUGGUUAUGGAAGGUUAUUCAUGGUCUCAUCAAGAAUCUGUUGUUACUAUAUUUUCAGCACCAAAUUAUUGUUAUAGAUGUGGUAAUCAAGCUGCAAUUAUGGAAGUUGAUGAACAACAUUCAAGACAAUUUUUACAAUAUGAUCCAAGUGUAAGGCCAGGUGAACCAACAGUUACAAGAAAAACUCCAGAUUAUUUCUUGUGA